UGACUGUAACCGGUAUGACUUAUAUAUGCAUACUUCUUACAGAAGCAAUCUGCUCCUAAUAAAAAGUUGUGUUUAAUUUAAUGAGCUGCUAUGGCUUUUGCAGAGGAGCUGCCAACAUCCAUGGCUACUACUUGCUGCAGGCUCUGCGCUAUGCUGUAGAGGAGAUCAACAACGACAGUCAGCUCCUGCCUGGUAUCACACUAGGCUAUCAGACAUAUGAUAUUUGCUCGCUUCAAGCUAGUAUUCUGGGCACAGUGACUCUCGCAGCUCAGCAGUAUAACAGAGUGAAAGUGAAGCCUCAAGCGAUUGCCCUCAUCGGACCAGACAGCAGCAGCUACAGCUUCAUUCCAGCUGCUGCACUCGGUGCCUUUCUGAUGCCUGAGGUAAUGCACACCCAUGCUUACUUGUAAUCUCUGUAUAU